GCGACGAGGCCUGAAAUCAUUCGGGGAAUACCCGUGCACAGGGCCUUGCGCGUUCUGCGUGCGGCCUGGCUUCGAGGAGGGAUCGGCGAGCCCUACAGCUCUGCGGUGGUCACUUCCCAGAUGGAUGAGUUUUGGUCUCACAGCUGGCAGACGCCACCAUACAUGAAGUAUGCAUGCGUUCUGUAUUUGAACAACGCAUUGCCGGCAUUUCUACUGGGCGUGCUCUUCGCUAGCGUGGCUGCCAUCCUAUACACCGCCGGAAUUCUUCCAGAAGUGUAUGGCUUUAGGAUUGACAUCUUGAGUGCCUGGUGCGUUCCUGCGGGUGUCUUCGGCUACUACGCAGGUCUUCUUCUGUGGCAACGUCCUAAGCUGGUGUUCCUGGAUGCGGCGUGUAUAGACCAAACGCACAGCUUGCACAAAGCUGAAGGACUAGUCAGCAUGGGUGCGUUUUUGAAGCAGUCCAAGAGCAUGAUUGUGCUGUUCCAUAAAUCGUACACAUCACGUUUAUGGUGCGUUUUUGAGCUUGCCGCAUUUCUGCACAGCCAAUCUGGUCGCAAAGCAGACCUGGUAGUCUACCCGGUUUCUGUGGGCCCUGUGUUCUUGACGGGACAUUUAGGUGUCAGCCUUCUCAUGGCGCUUUUUGUCUUCACACCUUCUGACCUUGAAUACAUGCCUUGGGGCCUCCUGUUCCUGGUGGCAUUGUGCUUCCCAAGCCUCGCCAUACUUGGAUAUGCAAUGAUCGUACAUUGCCAGAGCACAGACGAGAUCCAUCAGCAGAUUUGCAACUUCACGGUUGAGCGUUCUUCAUGCGGCUGCUGUGCAUUGAACCAUGUAUCGCAGACCGGUGAGCCGAUUGCUUGCGACCGUCAGAUCAUUUGUCGCUGUAUCAUGGCUUGGUUCGGGUCGCUGGAAAGCUUCGAGGACCAUGUGCGUGGGAAGGUGCGAGCAAUGUUGGUUCAGCAGUUGAUGCAAGAUGCCUUCUCCUACUGGCACAUGGUGCAGGUCAUGAGCCCAGUCAUGUUUUCACACCUUGACAUCGUGGCCAGCCGUGCAAGAGAGUAUGGAUGGUUUUCUGCCUACACUCUGGGUGUUCUGAUCCUUAUCGUCAGGGAUUGUUUCGUCGUGCUACCGAAUAUGGUGUUGGUGCAGUUACAGCUUGCCUACAGGCUGCGCAAGAUUUGCGACACGGGCCUCAAGAGACUUCUCUUCUCCUUCCUACUUGUCCUCGGGGGCGUCCUCAUGUACCUGGCAAGCCGUGUCGUCGUGACGGUCUGUAG